AUGAAAACGAUCCUGGAUCCCCGAUUUCCCUCUGAGGAAUACGAGGAGUACGACGAAAAACCAAGACACGACUUUUUCCCCAUGAAACACGGUAUUGCACGAAGGCAGAAUCUCGAAAGUCCAUGGGAUCUUGAAAAGAAUAUCCGAAGAAAUUCAUGGGACGGAACAUUAAAGCCAGCAUCCGGGUUCGAAGAAGUCACGUCAUCGGACCUGGAAGGGAAGAUGUGUGAGAAGUGCGAAAGAAACAAAAGAAUUGCGUAUAGUUGGAAUCCUGCUUUUCUUUGUCUUCCGUGGCUUGAAUGGAUGUAUCCCAUCGGUUUUGUGGUUAUAUUUGUUUUUUCACUCGUGGUGAUGACUGUGUCGGAUGCAAACGAGAUAAAGGGACCAAAUCCAAGUGAAGACAUAUCAAAGACACCAUUGGCAGGAAUGACUCAUAUUGAUUCCUUCGAUCUCAGACACGCUGAUCUAAACGCAACGAUGCCUUGGUUAUGUACCAAACUUCAGUCCAUGCGACACCACAAAGGCUGUUAUGAUAUUACAUGGUUAUUUGGGAGCUACGCUGGAUGGAGCUUUCUAGCCUAUUGCUGGAUGCAUUUCAGUGCGAUAAGCUUCAGUAUUGUGGGGGCAUCAUGCCUUUUAUACGCAGUGAUCUGGCAUCAUAGUGAUAACAAGAAAGGAAGAGGUGAAUUUAGUUCCGAAAAGACAGGAUUAUUUGUCUAA